UUAUAACAAACACAAUUUGCCAUUUGUUCGUAAAAUGUUUCUGAGCUUGCUACUGUUUCUGGGUUCCGCUACUUGCGGUCUAUGCCAAGAUCCUAUUAUUUGUGCGGCAGACAAUGAAAUAAACAAAAAUCUUGAUAAAUGCGUCAAAGAAUUGAUACCUGCAGUGCUAGCAACGGAAAAGGCUUUAAGCUGUUCUACAGAUGCCGGACACAAGCCAAGCCCAAUGCCAACGCCAAGUAAUAAUAAUAAUACAAUAUGUAGUACUAUCAAACAUCUGAAUCAUACAGGCGAACAUCAUAAAGCAAACUCCACAAUAUGUUCAUUCGCUAAGCAUAAAAAAAAUGAAAACCUAGAUGCAUUUGUGGAUUAUAUAAAAUUCGUUUUAAGUCCCGAAAAAAUCUGCGAAUUUCAUAAAAUAUCGAAAAAUUGUAUUGAAAGUGCAAAGAAGGAUAUCGAGAUUUGUGCACAUGAUUCUAACAACAGUACAAAAAAACCUUCUGAAGAGGUGCAUCUUAGAAAUACAAUAUUUACGAAAGCAUCAUGUGUUGGAAAAUAUGGAAUUUCAACGGUUCAAAAUUGCGUCAAAUCGAAAUUAUAUCUAAAAGAAUGCUCGAACGACACAAUACAAUAUGUCGAUAGCUUAUUUAACCAAGCGCUAGUAAUUUGUGAAAAUGUCAGAAACAUAAAUACCAAUUAUCGUUUGGCAAAUGAUCCUUCACCAGUAGCGGAGCCCCUUGUGCUAAGUCUGACUAUCAAGAUUUUGUUAAUAACAGCAACCGUUGUAAUAUUAAUUGCUCUAGUUGUUUGUUUGAUACGAAGGCAUCGUAACAAUCAAAUUGCCAAAGGCGAUUAAAUAUAUUUUUACGUGUCUUGCGUUAUGGAUUAUAAUAUUUAAAUGACCUUCAUCGUACUUUAUUUUUACGAUUUCAUUAAA